UGUGGUGGAGGUGGAUACAGCAGUCGGAGAACCUCUGGGAGAGACAAAUAUGGACCACCUGUACGCACAGAAUUCAGACUUAUUGUAGAAAAUCUUUCUGGUCGUUGCAGUUGGCAAGAUUUAAAGGAUUUCAUGAGACAAGCAGGUGAAGUAACCUAUGCAGAUGCUCACAAAGAACGCACCAAUGAAGGUGUCAUUGAGUUUCGCUCCUACUCUGACAUGAAGCGUGCUUCGGAUAAACUGGACGGUACAGAACUCAAUGGGAGAAAUAUUAGACUCAUUGAAGAUAAGCCACGAACAAGCCAUAGGCGGUCUUAUUCUGGAAGCAGAUCUAGGUCACGAUCUAGAAGACGGUCACGAUCUAGAAGUCGUAGGAGCAGCCGCAGUAGAUCUCGAAGUAUCUCAAAAAGUCGCUCCCGGUCCAGGUCUCGGAGCAAAGGUCGGUCACGGUCUCGUUCCAAAGGCAGGAAAUCUAGAUCAAAAAGCAAAUCUAAACCCAAGUCCGAUCGGGGCUCCCGUUCGCGCUCUCGGAGCAGAUCGAAGGAUGAGUAUGAGAAAUCUCGAAGCAGGUCUCGUUCUCGAUCUCGUUCUCCCCAAGAAAAUGGAAAAGGUGAUAUAAAGUCCAAAUCUAGAUCAAGGAGCCAAUCCCGUUCCAAUUCACCCCUACCUGCUCCACCCUCAAAGGCCCGUUCUGUGUCCCCUACACCAAAAAGAGCUUCAAGAUCCCAUUCUCGUUCAAAGUCAAGGUCACGAUCCAGAUCAAGUUCCAGAGAUUAACCCAGAACUCUCCAUUCUUUGCACACUAUUACAGAACACUUUCCUACUUGCUUAGUCAGUUACUCUUUCAUGUUUCUACUUGGCCUCUUCUGCAAGAAGAAACCUCCUAAAUCGGGCACACAGAAAUUGGAUUUGUAGCCAAAUUUGAUGAAAAAGAUGAGGUUCUAAAGAAAUGGCAUGAAGUCAAAUAUCCUCUCCCUUCUUUGUAGAAUUAAGAUAACUUUAAUUUUAUAGCUUUUGAGCUAAAAUAACUUUUGUAAAGAUUAAGCUCAUUUAGAUUUUUUUUUUUAAGUAUUUCAGCAGGAUCUGCUGGAGGGGUUUUGUUAUUGUUAUAUUUGUUUGCUUAAUUUUAAAUUAACCGUUUCAGGCUUUGAAUACUUAAGGCUUUAGAGGGAGAACCCAAUUUUCAAUUAUGUUGGCUUUUUAUAAAGCUUGAGUUAUGUAAGAUUUCAAUAAAAGUUUGCUACCAAAAAAAA